UCAUGAAGCUGAAUCUUUUUCUUGUCCUAUGUUUCACUGGUUUUGUGCCCAUUUCAGUAUUCAUCGUGCAAACUGUCCCUCACAAAUAUAAGCUGAUCAGUUCAAAGGUGUCAUGGUCUGUUGCGCAGAACUACUGCAGUGUGAUAUACAGUGACCUGGCAAUAAUACUAAGUGAUACUGAUUGGCUUAGAUUCAAUUAUGUAGCAAAAAUAAAUUAUGCUCUGGCAACAUUUACCUGGGUCGGUUUGUACAAUGAUAUUGAUAGCUGGCGCUGGUCUUCAAAUGAUCUCCAACUGAAAUAUGCCAAUUACACACACUGGGCCAUUGGAGAGCCUAACAAUCUUGAUGGAAAAGAAUCAUGUGGUUCAGUGAAUGAAUAUGGACGGUGGAUUGAUGAUGAUUGUAAAAACGCAAAGCACUUCAUAUGUUACAAUGCUAAUUACAGUGGCCCUAGUAGUUUUAUUGGAUGCACAACUCUACUGCCUUGGACUGCAGCUCAAGCAUACUGCAGACAACAUCAUACAGACCUAGCCAGUGCACUUCAAAGUACUGAUUCCAUCUACAUUUGGAAUAUAAGGCUUGGGCAGGGUAAUUCGUGGAUUGGCUUAUACAGGGAUACUUGGAAGUGGUCAGAUGGGACUGAUGCUGCAAACCUCCAUUGGGCUACAGGACAGCCUAAUAAUUUAGCAGGCAAUGAGAAUUGUGUAUCAAUUUAUAAUGGAAAGUUAUAUGAUGAUAGCUGUACCAAACUGUACUACUUCUUCUGUCACACUGAUUCACCAAUGAGGGGCCAGAUAAUGAAACUGCAGGUGAAGUCCGAUCAAAGUUUGCUUGAUCCUGUAGUGCAGUCAUUAUUUUUAGAGCAAGACAUUUUUGCCAAGCAGAUCAAAACAAACAUCAUAUGGGAUACAGAUUAUUCUUCUAAAAUAGAAGAAACAUCAAGCUGAAACUCAACAAAAACGGUGUGUUAAAUGAGACCAUUGCUGUAAAGUGGAGAGUGCAGCAAAAUGGGGAGAUCUUUUACAAGAAAAGAAAGAAUGACCUCUGACAUAUAAAUGCUUAAAGUUUCUGUAUGUCAAGUAACUUACUGCAAUUUUAUUUAACCUAUACCAUUUAAACUUUAAGUUAGUAGGGGAAACCAGACUAGGGUUAGCUAUAAAUUCAUGUCUGAAUUUAAAUUCAUAAAUAACAUGUUUGAGUUUUGUAAAAGUCAUACAUGAAAAAAGCGAAGAGCUAAAUUACUUUAGGGUUUGAUGUAACAUAAUAUUAAUGUAAAAUAUAAAUUGAAGAGAACUUAGUUUGCUUUAGAAUGCUGUUAUUAUUGGAUUUUAUUUGUAAUGUUCUUGAUUCUCUAUAUUUAAAAAUAUGAGGUAAUUUCUAUCACCAUAUUU